UCUGUGUUCAUCGUGCUCACAAAACUCAAAAUGGCAUGUUACUUAUCAUGCUGCUGUUGCGACCUGAUGAGUCACGUUUGAUAUUAUGCGCCUGAUUUUUGGUUGCUAUAUGUAUAUUCAGCGUGCCAUGCUCGUUGAUACUGGCACCUCUCUCCUUCCGGCUCUCAAGCAUGGAUUUAGAAACCUCCAUUGACAUCUCAGUCAGCCUCCAGUCCCAGAAUUAUUUUUUCGUAUCACUGACGUUUUUUUGGGUUUACGACUGUUUCCUGACCUUGGACCAGGAGGUAUCUUUGAUUCAUGGACCAACGUGGAAGAAAGGAAGUAUUCUUUAUGCCAUGGCGAGAUAUUUGCCAGCUUUCGUGUUAUGUGUACACUUGUACAUGAACUAUCUCCCAAAUGAAAAAUUUGUGACUUGUAAAACUCUACAUUCAAUGUGGUAUGGUAUCUUCAUCCUUCGCACCUACGCAUUAUGGGGAAACAAGAAAUCCAUUCUGGGCCUCAUGUUGUUAACGAUACUCUGCCUGGUGAUCGCGGACGUGAUAAUGACAAUAACCAUUUCGAGCCGGUUGGAACUCCAGCUAUCAGAUUUGGGUGGCGGUUGUUACUCACUAUCCUACAACAAGAUGGCUGCAUAUCCUUGGACACUUCUGGUAAUAUUCGAGCUUGAGAUCAUAGUACUCACCAUGAUUCGUGUAUAUUGGGCAUACCGCGAAAGAGGGUGUCUGCUGCUUGAUAUCCUUCUACAGCACAACAUUUUUUACUUCGCAACUGGGCUAGCACUAUCGGUGAUCAAUAUUGUAAACCAUUGAAUGGCUACCGUUCACCUCGUCAGAUAUGUUCGCGACAUUUCAAAUUGUCAUGCAUACGAUCAUCGUUACUCGGAUGCACCUACAGUUUUGCAGCACCAGUCCGGGUUGCGAAUCAUCGGAGUCCGGAACCACAUCAUUCUCUCAAUUGACACAUGUUGAACUUCAGACGUGUUCGCACUCGCAUGCAUGAUAAUUCAAUGGAACUUUUUCAUUCAGACA